AUGGUCGACUCCUGGCUCUCCGACAUCUACCGCAUCCACCGCCGCCGUCUCCACCGCCUCAUCGUCGGCCUCGACGUCGAGUGGCGACCCAGUUUCAACCACAACAUCGAAAACCCAGUUGCCACUCUCCAACUUUGCGUGGGUCGACGCUGCCUCAUCUUCCAACUCAUCUACGCCACUCACUUCCCCAACUCGCUCAUCGAGUUUCUCAGCGACGAGGAUUUCACUUUUGUUAGAGUUGGGGUUGAGAGUGAUGUGGAGAAACUGUUGGAUGAUUAUGAUUUGAAAGUUGGGAAUGUGGUUGACCUUUGUGGACUCGCUGUGGACUGGUUGGGGAACAGGGAUUUGAAGAACGCUGGGUUGAACGGUUUGGCUCGAGCUGUGCUGGGACUCAAGUGGAGCAAGAUAUGUGAAUCUGAUAAUGUCAUAAUGGACUUUUUAGCUCAUAAUCCAUCUAGCAUUACUGAGGAAUUUCCAAGGAAUUCAUUAGUUGAGGAUGAUGCAACAAGUGAAACAUCCAUUGCUUCUCUAUCUGUGCCCCAUGUUAUCAGCAAUAUAUAG